GUGGUUUCUUGGUCACUUGAGGCACGAAAGCACACAGAGGGAGCAGUAGCAUCAACAUGGUGGCAUAUGGUGGCCUCCAGCGAGAUUGUCUCUCAGAUCAGGAGAGACGUGAGUUCGACAACAUUACUUAUGAUAAGCUCCAAAGCUUGGAGGAUAUCCCAAAGCUCAGGAAAUUGGAAGCCUACAUGCGAGAGGAGGGCUUUGCCAUAACUGCAGACACGGCGAAGGCAAGACUUGAGGCACUAGGAGCAGCGGCGGGAGGAGGAGGUAUACUAUCCAGCGAAGAACGUGGCGCCCUUGCCGAGGAGCUUUGUGGAUGGGAGGCGUCUGUCAAGGACCCAGACGCAAAGCUAAAGUGUCUUGGUGGCAACGAAGGGUUGGGUGGCAGCGAGGAUAAAGACAGGGUUGGGAUUGGGAUCCCGGCUAUCAGGCCCACGCUAGUAGGGGAUGUGGUGUCUGGGGCCCAAGUCAUGCGCCGUCCGAGUCAGUAUCCUGAUCAGCAAAGAAGUUGCCAUGAGGGAAGGGAGAAGCAACAGCAGCAGCAACAGCAGUCACCUGUGCCGGCAGGAGGAGGAGGAGGAGGAGGAGAAAGAGGAGGAGGGGAAAGAGGAGGAGGAGUAGUAGAGGACAUGUGCAAGAAGACUGGGGCUGGAGGGAAGAAGGACUGGUCCAGCUAUUACGACGGAUGGGAUAAGUAUGCGAAGCAAGUUGAGAAGGAACUCGAGGGGGGUGAGCAACGCGAGCUGGAGGAGAAGACGGGGAAGGAGAAGACGAGGAAGGAGAAGAGCGUUGUAGGUAAGGAGGAGGAGGAAGACACAAAGGCGAAGAAGUCGUGGGCGGAUAAAGUGGUGGAAUCGGCAAGUGGAAUGUCUGAUGUAGAGAGACUUUGGUUGGCAGAGAGGGAGAGAGAGAAAGGGAACGAGAUGUUCAAGAGCAAGGAUUUCCGCGGUAGCAUAGACUCGUACACUCUCUCCCUCAGGCUGUCACCAAGUCAUGUCGCGGCUCUGGCCAAUCGUGCUGCAGCCUACCUCAAGCUCAAACGAUGGGAAGAUGCAGAGAUCGACUGCAAUGGUGUUCUUGAGAUGGAUCCCAAGCACGUGAAGGCCCUGAUGAGAAGGGCUUACGCGCGGGCGGAGCUGCAGCGUCCGACGGAUGCAUGGCAGGACAUUGAAGCAGCAUUGGCCCUGGACCCAAGCAACGUGGACCUGCAGAUGAUGAAGGGAAGGAUAAGCAAGGUGGUUGCCAAGGCGAAAAUGCAGCAGCAGCAGGAGGAGCAGAAAGAAGGAGAGGAAGAGAACAUGGCUGUUGAUGGCGAUGGAAAGGGCCAAUGCCGCGAGGAGUCACAUGCAGACCACAGGGAGGGGGGCAAAGAACGACUCAAGGAAUCCGGGCCUGCUCUGUGCCAUGCCUGUGGAAAUACUGACCCUCUGCCAGCGAUGACCAGGAUGGUGAUAGAAGAGAGCGAUGAAGAAACCGAGCCCAAAUCCGAGGCCCAACCCACGUGUGAUGCAGGGGAACCAGCAGAGCAGGACGAGGAGCUGGAGGGCAAUACCGGGGCAAAAUCCCAGGGGCAGUUGCUCAGAGAACCUGCCACCAACGCUCAUAUAGUCGGGGGCGAAGUUGUGCAAAGUAAUGCUGUCAAAGCCAGCAUGCACGAAUGCAAUGGCCAACCGGCAGACGGCCAGCCAAGCCCUGCGUGCAUUGGCAACAGCAUCGGCAGCAUCGGCAGCAGCAGCAGCAGCAGCAGCAGCAGCACUACACCCUCCCAAGAUUCUGUUUCCUGUUCCAAAUCAUCCGCUGGCUCACCAACGGCUGGAUUUUCUUCUGCAAACCUUUCACGGGAGAAGAAACAGAAGAUCGCUGGUCCUCCUGGCAAGUCGUCUGGUCCAGGUCCCGUUACUGUUCCUUCCACUGUGGCCAAACCUGCUGCUGAUCUCGGGGACGAACCUGGACAUGUCCGCAAGCCAAAGAACGCCACGGAGUUUGAACUAACGUGCCGAAAGCUUGGAGAAAAGGACGCACACGAACUAGCUACAUACUUGCGAGUCAUCCACGUGGACGAAUACCCACGGAUCUUGCAGGAUGGGCUCAGCGCAUCCACCAUGGCGGCGAUUGGUGCCGCUCUAGAUAAGGGAUUCCUUCCGAACGACUGCCAAGGAGCGCUGACUGUUCUGAUCGCCUUGUCGAAAGUCCGAAGGUUCAAAAUGACAGCAAUGCUUCUUCCUCCAAAAGACAAGAAUACAUUUGCCUCAGUCUUUGACUGCCUGCUUGCAUCUCCAGGGCUGUCCCAUGAGACGCUUGAAACGCUGCGCAAAGAGUACAGAGUGUAGUUUCUGCGAAUCAAUCUCUCCUCUUUUUUUUGUCUGUGCUCGGGUGCAUGUGCAUGCAUUCAUUUGAGCGCAUUUGCUU